CUCAAUCACUUAUCCAUUCAACAUGCGUGUCUCCUUGUUGUCACGUUUGUCUUUCACUCACACACUUGCAUCCACCCAUCGAUGCAUCGCUCUCAUGUCACAAUUUUGUGUUCAUGGCUGGCCCGGUUUGGCCAGCGCAUCCUGCGAGAGCAGCGACACGUCGCUCGCCUUGCUGAUGAUACUGCCGAUGAUGUCUUUUAUCGCGUCGUGCAUGUGCUGAUCGAUGAAACGCACACACAGAGGCACAAGUGCAUCCAAUCACAUGACAAGCAAAUGUGUGCGUGUGCCUGGCAGGUGACGUACCUCGGCGUGUUCUUUCUUGAGUCUUCGGAGGUGUUUGGCGGCUUCGCACGGCUUCUCUUUAUGCACACCAGCACCCACAGGAGCAGCAGGUGGCAGCACGUGACUGACAGACAAAGACAGAGGCAAAGAGACAUUGGUGAAAAUGCAAUGGUGUUGACUUUAUGUGGAUUACUCUGGCUGUUGUUGCUGUUGCGCGAGUUCGUUCUCCUCCUCUUGCUGUCUGUUGGCCUCCCUCUCGCGCUCGGCUCCGAUCUCCUCGUGAUGCUCUCUCUCAGAUGCCAACUCCUUCCUGUUGAUGACACACAAACGCUGUCAUUUGAUGUGGUGUGAGUAUGUGUCAUGGUGUGUGUCUGUGUGUUUUCGCUGACUGACUCUUCUUCUUUGGCUUCUUCCUCCUCCACCUCCUUCAACACAUCAGCCACUGACUCACCGCCACUAGAGGCACAGAGACACACACAAGCAAGCAAGACAGGCACUGAUGGAUCAUACACGUCUGUGUGUCUCUCAUGUGUGUCUCACACUCACUGUUCCUCUUCGUUCUGCUCUUUCUCCUCGUGAUUGGUCGCCUCCUCACUUUGGUCGCUUGGGAGGGCGAGGGCUGUCUGCUUGUGACUGUGGGAGUCGUGGCGGCAUGACGCAAUGUCGGGCAUCAUGAGAGCCGCCAAGGCAAU